UUUUGACUACUCAGGUUUUGUUCUUAUCAGUCUUAACCUCAACAGUUGUGCGUAAGCUUCGUCUUUUUUGUCUUCUUACACUUUGUCAAAGUUCGCGUAUUAUCUGUUGUGGGGGACGAAGGAACAGACCAACACAGACCGAGACACAGUGAAACCGGCUUCUCAUUCUCAUAGUGCAGAGUCAUUACAUCGCACACUUGAAGGCAAUUAUAAGAAUGGUUGAGAUAAAUCCAGAAACGCUGAAAGUGUUUGGUUUUUGGGGCAGUAUUUUGGUCCUGAAACUGAUGGCGAUGUCAUUGUUAACUGGCCGGACACGAUUUCGCAAACUAGUAUUUGCUAAUCCAGAAGAUACUGGGUUUGCUGGAAAAAAAGCCAAAGUAACGUUCGAUGAUCCAGAUGUGGAACGUGUACGAAGAGCCCAUUUGAAUGAUCUCGAAAAUAUUACACCUUGGUUCAUAAUCACGUACCUCUGGCUUAGUACCGCACCUGCGCCAUGGUUGGCUAAAAUUUUGAUACGAGUUUUUGUAAUUUCGCGAAUUGGCCAUACCCUUUCCUAUGCUGUUAUUCCGCAACAACCGGCAAGAGCAAUAGCUUUCUUUGUGGGAUAUGGAAUUACGGGUUAUCAAGCAGUUGCUACAUUGCUGCAUUAUACAUAAAGAGAGAACAGAAAUCAUUGUACGUAAAAAAACAAAAAGAUUUCACUUUAUUGUAACACAUUCCUUUUUUGACAUUGUUUUUUUACUUUUUUAAUAUUGAGGGAAAAUUAAAAUGUAUGGUGUGUUGUUUUUUUGUAUAAUAAAAA